AUGCAUUUCUCCGCCGCCAUGAUUCUUCUUUCCCUCACCUCAGUUCUCGCAGCUCCUCUCCAGCUUGACGCCCGACAAGGCACAGCCGAUAUUCAAAGAACCUUAAACGCCAUCGACUUAGUAUCCGUAGAUAUGGAAGACAUCGCUGGUAUCAUCACGCGUCUCUUGGAGAGAAAGGUCUGCCAAGACAUCAACCUCUCUCGGCCUCUCGCAGAAAAAGGAAGUCUCUCCGGAGGCGAUUUUCUCAUCCAGAGCAAAAUUCUACUCCAAGCUGCUGAUCAAUUCGCUACGGAUAAUGUCGAAAUUCGGGAUUCGCUGGAGACCAACUCAAUCGUCGAAUUCUUUGCCGAGGUUGAUACUAUUGGCUCCUCGGAUUCAAUCCGCAGUCUCGCUGACAGAUGGAAUACCAUUGAUGUGCCAAAUAUGCAACAGCUUGUACGAAAUGCUGUUGAUGAGCAGAAGAUUCUAGGAGGUGUCCCUCAGGUCAACACACAGCAAACAUUUCUUGUUACCAUUCAUACACCUGCGCUGUGUACGUCAAAUUGA